AUGAAGAUCCUGGAAGUGCUGGACCUCAUUGCCUGCCUCUUCAUACUCCUGACUGGCCUCCCUUCCAACCUCCUGGCCUUCUACACAUUCCUGCUUAAAGCAUCCAAGAAGCCAACUCCCAUAGACAUCCUCUUGCUCAAUCUGACCAUUUCCGACAUUCUCCUCCUCCUUUUUCUGCCCUUCAAGAUGUUGGAGGUGACCUCCAUCAUGGUUUGGUCUCUUCCUACUCUCCUCUGCCCGCUCACUGACUACUUCCUCUAUGGCAGCAUAUACAUCAGUAUCCUUUUCCUCAUGGCAGUCAGCAUGGAUCGCUACCUGGCUGUUGCACAUCCCAUCAAAUACAAACUGAAACGCAGGCCCAUCUAUGCAGUCGUGGCCAGCAUCUUCAUGUGGCUCCUGGUCAGCUCCCACUACAGUUUUGUCUACCUUGCCAUGCACCAAGAUUCCAAUGGAAGCCUUUCCCACUCUUCUAAUAUCUCCGAUUGCUAUGACAAUUUCUUCCCUGAGGUCAUCUUCCCUCUCCGCUUGGAAAUCUGCCUCAUCUUCUUCUGGCUCCCUUUCAUGGUCACCCUUUUCUGCUACGUGAACGUUAUCCAGAUCCUAAACUCCCUGCCCAACUUGCCAAAGCGCAAGAAGCAACGGGCUAUUGGUUUGGCUGUGGCCACUUUGCUGAGUUUUGUUUUCUGUUUUGGUCCCUUUAACAUCUCCCACCUUGUGGGCUUCAUUCAAAAACAGGGACCUCCCUGGAGGAUGGAAUGUUUCCUGCUCAGCACCCUCAAUGCCUGCUUAGAUCCCGUCAUCUUCUACUUCUCCUCCAAGGCAAUCCGAGAGACCUUUACCAGGUUCUGGAAUGGCAAGUGCCGCAAAAUCCAGACUUUGCUGCCCUGGUGCAAUGGGCCCUGCUGCCGAGGUCCUCCAGACAAUGAUGAAGGAGAACGAGCUGGACCAUUCUCUAGUUCAUCUCUUCAAAGUGAAUACCAAGUCAAUGUUGCUCAGAGUAUUGAACAAAAAGGACCACUGCACCAGACUUCCAGGGAAAAUUACAGUCCAAAUGGGGGGGUUAGCCUCCCGGGGGGUGUUUGA